AUGGAACGUAACAAUUUUGCCGGUAUCUUAAGUCCGAUUUCCGCAAACAAGACGAAUCAACUUGUCCGAGCACCAUCAUCAUCAAAGAGCAAGCACAAGAAAACCAAGGAGGUGGAGGAGAAGAAGGAAGAUAACAGAAGCAAGAAGAAUGCGCCGGAUUUGAGCCCAUCCAAGUCUCAACGCGCCCCACUUUCCCCCCUCAGAAACCCCUCAUUACCGAAACCAUCGCGCCCUCACAAUGCCAACGACUCGGACCCAUUGCACCAACUCCAGCAGAAACGAAUAGAUCUCCACGAACAAUACGUGACGAAACAAGGUCAUAUCAAACAAAUGGAACAAGAGUUGAAGCGCGAAAGAUACGAGUUGCAAGAAUUGGAAGUCCGCAUCGAUGAAGUCAACAGACAAGAAAUCAUCUACGCUAAUCAAGCUACUCCGAAAGCAAAUCACCCCCAGAAUGUAUAUAAGCUAGCGGCACUACAGACUGAGUUGGACUUGAGACAACUUGCCCUUACGCCCAAAUCGCCCUCGUCCACGCGAUCAAGUUUCGCGCCGCCUGACCCCUUCUUCAGCCCGUUGAAAAAGCAAGCGUCAUUGGUGUUUGAAGAAUGCGCCCUGGUGCGCAAGAAAGCAUCAGCGUUAUUUGAACACGAUGCCCACUUGCAUAAUUUGGUAAAACAGUCAAAUGAGAAAUUGGACACCUUGACUAAACGCACUAGCCAGUUCUUUUCGGAGAUGUUCCACGAUUCCAAGCUGGUGAAUACGCAUGACAUUUCCUUCAAUUUGGACCUGCUUGGUGCUGACGUGUUGUAUGAUGAGUGCUUGGAGAUUGAUGAUGAGUACGACUCGACUCCAGAAUACGAUGAUGAAUAG